CUAUUUGUUUUUCCUCAAGUUUUCUCUCGGGAUCAUAUUCUUCUUCUCACACGUCUAAUUGUUUUGAGGGGAAGGUUAAAAAUGGAACUCAAGAAAUAAUAAAGAGCAAUCAAAGCUGAUCUGAAAUAGAGCACAAAUAACACAUGAUAUAUCAUAGAAAUCUAUCUUAACGGACAAAACUAAACCAAAAUAGUGUAGUGAAACAUUUUAACAAAAACAACACGCGCUGACAUAUCCGCGCGUGUAGUUUUAGGAAAAACAAAACAUCCCCAAAUGUGGAAUGCUUUAUUUGAGCUAAAGAUUCAAUCUUGUUGCGCCGACAGAGCGUGGCAAAACCCAAAGGCGAGUGAAUUUGACCCAAUUCUCCCAAAUUCUUCCCCACAGUUUUGAAUCGGCGAGUGAGUUUCAAGCCCUACUUUCCCCAAUCGAAGGAACCCCCUUCCCCACUCGCGCAAAUCCUCCACUCGCUGCUACAGCCUACUGCUUCGCUUCCCGGAUUCUUAAGAAACCGUUCUUUCUUCAGGGUGAAUUAAAUAGCUUGAAUAAUGGAUUUGAGAGUUCCUGGAUUAUGCCUUGGGACGUUGUCAAGUAAAGUGAGUGUGAUCUCUCUUAUCAUUUCAGGAUUAUAUAGAAUAUGACUUGCAGGGAAAUUCUGUCAAAGAGACAGAUUGUAAAUUAUGCUUUGAUGAAAAGGAAAGGAUUAUGUAGCAACAUCUAGGUGAGAUGUGAAAACUCUGCUUCUUACUGCUGGAAAAAAUGGUUGACGUUGUGGCUGAAAUGCAUGAUAGAGAUGAUGGAAUUGUUAGUUUACCGAAGGACUUCCUGUUUGAAGGGGACAUAGAUUUGGAGCCACGGAGUGGAAUUGAUUUUGAAUCCCACGAAGCUGCGUACACAUUUUAUCAAGAGUAUGCCAAAUCAAUGGGAUUCACCACAUCGAUUAAGAAUAGUCGACGUUCAAAGAAAUCAAAAGAGUUUAUUGAUGCAAAAUUUGCAUGUUCAAGAUAUGGAGUUACUCCUGAACCUGAGAAUGGAAAUAGUCGAAGGCCAAGCGUGAAAAAAACCGACUGUAAAGCCAGUAUGCAUGUGAAGAGAAGGCCAGAUGGAAGAUGGAUUAUUCAUGAGUUCAUAAAAGAUCAUAAUCAUGAGCUUUUACCUGCUCUUGCAUAUCAUUUUCGCAUCCAUAGGAAUGUAAAGCUUGCAGAGAAGAACAACAUCGACAUAUUACAUGCUGUUAGUGAAAGAACACGAAGGAUGUAUGUUGAGAUGUCGAAAAAACGUGGCGUGUACAGAAAUGUCGGUUUCCUGCAGAUUGACACAACUUAUCAGUUCGACAAAGGCCAGUAUUUAGCGCUUGAUGAGGGUGAUGCGCAAGUAUUGCUGGAGUAUUUUAAGCGUAUCCAAAAGGAGAAUCCUUACUUUUUCUAUGCUAUAGACUUAAAUGAAGAGCAGCGUCUGAGAAACUUGUUUUGGGUCGAUGCCAAAAGUAGGAACGAUUAUGUUAGUUUCAAUGACGUUGUCUCAUUCGAUAUAUCAUACAUUAAAACCAAUGAUAAGCUUCCCUUUGCUCCUUUCAUUGGAGUGAACCAUCACGGGCAGUCAAUGAUGCUUGGUUGUGCAUUGGCUGCAGAUUGCACUAAACCAACAUUUACCUGGUUGUUGAAGACAUGGCUUAGAGCAAUGGGUGGUCAAGCUCCCAAAGUUAUCAUUACCGAUCAGGACAAAGCCUUGAAAUUAGCCAUUGAAGAGGUGUUUCCAAAUACCCGCCAUUGCUUUGCUCUUUGGCAUAUAAUGGAAAAGAUUCCUGAAACUCUUGCUCAUGUAAUCAAACGACACAAAAAUUUCUUGUCAAAAUUUAACAAGUGCAUUUUGAAGUCGUGGACGGAUGAGCAAUUUGAUAUGAGAUGGUGGAAGAUGGUUAGUAGAUUUGAGCUUCAAGAUGACAAAUGGAUUCAAUCAUUAUAUGAUGAUCGUAGAAAAUGGGUACCAACUUAUAUGGAGGAAAUCUUCUUGGCUGGAAUGUCACCUGCUCAAUGUUCUGAUAGUACGAACGCGUUCUUUGACAAAUACAUUCACAAGAAAAUUACGCUCAAGGAGUUCUUGAAACAAUAUGGAAACAUUCUGCAAAAUAGAUAUGAAGAGGAAGCAAUAGCAGAUUUUGAUACAUUACACAAACAACCAGCCUUGAAGUCUCCUUCUCCCUGGGAAAAACAAAUGUCUACAAUUUACACGCACACGAUAUUUAAGAAAUUCCAAGUUGAAGUUUUGGGCGUAGUUGGCUGUCAUCCAAGAAAAGAAAGUGAAGAUGGUGGCAUUACUACAUUCAGAGUUCUGGACUGUGAGAAAGAUGAGCAUUUUUUAGUGAAGUGGCAUGAAUUGAACUCUGAAGUUUCUUGUUUCUGUCGUUUGUUUGAAUAUAAUGGUUUUCUUUGUAGACAUGCAUUGAUUGUGUUACAUAUGCAUCGUUUUUCAAACAUCCCACCUCAAUAUCUUCUAAAAAGGUGGACAAAAGAUGCAAAGAGCAGGCAAGCAAAUACUACUGAAGGAACAGAAUUCAGACAGAACAGAGUACAACGUUACAAUAAUCUAUGUAAAAAAGCUAUUGAAUUAAGUGAAGAAGGAUCACAAUCAGAGGAGUGUUAUAAUAUUGCCAUUCGUACAGUAGUAGAAGCUCUGAAGAAUUGUGUCAAUAUUAACAACUCAAAAAGUGCUCCAGCAGAAUCGAGCGUUAAUGACUACGGUCUACGUGAGGAAGUGGAGAACCAAGAAAGCAUAGCUGCUAAAGCAAAUAAGAGGAGUAUGAACAGAAAACGAAAGGUACAAACAGAAACAGAUAUGAUACUUGUUGAAUCCCAGAACAACUUGCAGCAAAUGGAUGGUUUAACCUCAGAUAGCAUGACCCUGAGUGGAUAUUAUGGAUCCCAACAGAAUGUUCAAGGAUUGGUACAGUUGAACUUGAUGGAGCCUCCCCGCGAUGCGUCGUAUUAUGUCAAUCAACAAAGUAUUCAAGGGCUGGGUCAACUGAAUACAAUUGCAGCCAGUCAUGAUGGGUCUUUUGGGGCGCAGCAUAAUGGCAUUCAUGCCCUGGUGGAUUAUCGGCCAGCAACAAGUUAUAGUUAUAGUUUACAGGAUGAGCAACAUUUAAGAUCUGCCCAGCUUCAUGGCAGUACUUCAAGACAUACUUGAUGAACUAACAGACAUCUUUUCAUGGUUAGUUGAGUUGUACAAAAAGUAUAUACAUGACACAGGCCCAGACGUCGUAGUAUGCCAUGUAGUUUCGAUACUCGAUUGUCUUUUACUUAGAAUAGUGAUAGAAGAAAAAGCUGCAUAUUUAUCAGUUAGCUUAGCUUUGUUAUUUAGGCUGUCCAAAGAACAGUUUCAUCUCAACAAGUUGAUAAAUGCUUAGUUCCAAGAGUAA